GACAUUUCCCCUAAAACAUCUGGUCUGGAGAGAAACAGGUUGUGUAUAAAAAGCGCCGCAUUGGUGUUGCAGACAACCCAAGAUGAUCCAGCUUGAAUUGUUUGACAGACUCAAACUUGAAACCUGGCACAAUUCUCACCCACCCAACACAUUCUCAUCCACCAACACAUACUCACCCACUAACACAUACUCACCCACCAAGACACACAAAUCUCCCUGACCAUACUACAAUACAUCGACACAAUGGGUGCCGCCGUCAGUGCCAUCGCAAAUGCGCUCGACAACAGCAAGGAGAAGGAGGCCCAGGCCAAGGAGCAGCUCGAGCUCAUGAUGAAACUGGCGGACGCCCGGCUCGACACUUUUGAGUCGGAGCUGAAGACCAUGUUCCUGGACCGCGAGUCGGCCCAAAAGACGAGCGUUCCGGGCAGGAGGGCGCUGAGGUUCGAGCGCCAUGUCCAAGUCGACACGGAAACCACGCCCGGAAAAGGCGUCGAGGAUGCAGUUGAUGCCUUCUUUGGCGCAUCCGAGACCGGGUCCAAAGGAGUGCUGGAGGGCUUCAAGAGCGUGGUGAAGACGGGGCUCUCGGCCAUCCUCGGCGAUUCCGGAGCAGGCGAGAGCUACGACAAGAAGUUCUUUGUGUGCAUCAAGCACAAUGCUAUUAUCCGCGUCGACAUGUACACGUACAAGUACAACUUCCGGAACGAGGGCGUCAUCUCCAACCACAAGAACAUCCUCGCCUACAUUCUGUGCAUUUCCGUUGUUGACCACAGGGACGUCACGGUCGACGAGCUCAUCUACCUCGCUUCCGAGUUUGCUGGCGAUGGCAACGUCGGACCCAACAGCGGCUAUGAGCUCUACCUCGAGUCUCUGAUGAAGACGUGGAAUGCCCUCAUCAAUGUCGAGGUUCCCGGGCUGAACCCUGGGAGGAGGCCGAUCGAGUACCCAUCCCUUACGUCUCGUCCUCAGGUGGCGGCUGCGUAAGGUGAUUGUUGGUGGUGGAAUGGUUGAAUUGGGCGGUGAAAGCAAUGAUACACUUGGGGGCUUGGUAUGCCGGGGAGUUUGAACACAUGUUUUUGUUUCGUGCGCGGCUACACGUGGAGCUUAUACUUUCCUUUGUGCCCAGGCAGAUAAGGGAGAGUAGCGACAGUCAGGGGAUUAGUGACAGUCAGGGGAUUAGCGACAGUCAGAGGAUUAGUGACAGUCAGGGGAUUAG